UAGUCAUGCCAACACGCAUUUCUGAUUUGAUCUCAAUGAGUGUACACCUAUCUGUCGCUUCAGCUUUCACAACUGCACAUGGAGGACCUGUGAGCAGCAAUGUGGCUACAAGAAAGAAGGGUUGAUCUAGCCUAUUUUCUAUUUCUUAUUCUUUGUAUAGAAGUCAAGGGAGAAAACGCUUCAUGUUCCCUUGAAGUUCGUUUGCCCCGAAAUAUUGCAUUCAAUGUUUCUGUUUUGAAAACUUUGACAAUAAACUGCACAGUAAACUACUGUGAAGAAGAACCUGAAGUGACAUGGUGUAAAAUACUUGGGAAUGACUGCAAACCACUGAAUGCAACAGUUGAAACUUCUUGGACUCAAACAAGCAUCCAUUCAGCUGUCUCUUCCCUCACUUUCUUCAAUAUCUCCUUCAAUGACAGCGGACAGUAUCGAUGUAAGGCUGUCGAUGUCCGGGGGAUUAGCAGUGUGGGGCAUUCUAUUACUGUUAAUGUCGCAGUCUGCUUUUCAGAGGAAGAAAACUUGCCCACACCGAACAUGACCAUAUCAGGAGACCCGGAGAUAAAGCCUCCCCUGAAAAAUGAUAGUUGGCUGACAUAUAUUUAUAUAUGUGCGGGAGUGCUUAUCCUGAUAAUAAUUGUGGUGUUAAUCUCAUUUUUUUGCAUACAAGGACACAGAGUGAGGCCCAAAUCAAAAGAAGCCAUGCAGAAAAAUCAGAAGCAUAAAACGUCUAAAGCCUCUCGCCAGUCCAGCACAGCUGCAAGUUUACCCAGUCUCCCCAGUGAUCGUAUUAAACCCGCUGGUCUUGCCAAGGAGACAGUCUAUGACAAUGAUCACCACUCCAGAACUUCUAGAUGUAAGACAUCUUCUAGUAGGGGUCGAGCUACCAACGCAAAUGAAUCUGCCCCGGUGGCCAUCGUGGUCAAUCCCCCCGAUAUCUAUUACAACCUGGAGGUUGAGGAUGAAAAUUGUCCCAUCGUGUAUGCCGCUCUGAGACAUGCCUAUAACAAAGAAGAAGGCAGUCAGCAUGUGCGUCUAUCUGCAGCAUCUGAGGAACAGACAGAGUAUGCUGCUAUACGAGUCAGAGAUGAAUUCAGGACAUAAGACAACGUUUGAUUACAUGAAUUUACUAAAAGGAUCACAAUGGACUGCAGCUUGAAAUAAAUCAAAAUCUACUUUCUCUUAAAUGAUCUUGUGAACUGAAAUCUAAGGCUGCAAUGCCAGUUUUUACAUUUGUUUGGAUGGUGCUAUGAAGCCAAACGAAAGGCGAUACCAGUAAUUAUGGAGCCUUAAACACACAAAACAGUUUCAACCCAGGUACCAUUUUGAUCAGCCACAUGGUAACAAUUGUCUAAUUGGUGAUUGUAAAAGGCAUUCUGGUGACACUAGUUCAUUGUUUCAAUUCUUUUGUUGAUUUCUUUUUUUUUAGCAUUGCUGUAUCUCUUACGAUUGAUUGUUUAAUGUUAUGGAUGAAUAAUUCAAGAAUGUUUGAAAACACAAAUUAAACUAUGGUACACUUACAGACAACUUAAACAACAGCAGCUGAAAUAGUUGGCAGCCCACCCUUUGCAGCUGCUUCUACAACAGCAAGGGAUGUAAUAAUUUAACUUUAAAAUGUACUGGUAUGUACCUUCUCUGUUCAUCAUCUAAUCUUUACGAUUAUAAAUUGACAAUCUCUGUAAAGGUACAGUAGACACAGUGCAUGGCAUACAGUAAGUAGACACCAAGAAAAUGCCCUCCUUCCUCCAUAUGCAUGUGAAUGACAGGGGUUGAGGCAGUGUUUAUUCUUAAUAAUGACAACCACAUUUUCAAUCUGAGAACCUGUCCUCAAAGAAAACAGCAAUUAAGAAACAGAGAAGUGGUCCAGUAUAACUUAGAUUGAGUAGAACCACAGUCUGUUUUUACAAAGACCUCAAACAGCUUCAUAGUGACCAAAGCUAGAGUCCUGUGGGACCCUACAGUUAGCAGGCUGUAUGUAUGUUUGUUAGUGAAUAGUUACUGUUUCACAACUGAUGCCACAUCAAAAUGACUCCUCUCUUCUAGUGAAAGCUGUUUAACCUGCAGCUUCUCUUUAUACAGUCCACAUUAGUGUGUGUUUUAUAUAAAUUAUCCAGUAUUAGAUUUCAUAUUAUUUACAUUUUAAAGGACAAUCUACACCACUGAGAAUGAUAUUAUAUGUUUGUAUUAAAUGUUUAUGAAUAGUCAUACCACAUGCUUCAUAAGAAAUACAUCUUUCAUAGAUAUAUUUAAUGGGUCAUUUUCACAUCAAAGUAUUUGCAAAAUUCUGUAAAUUGCUUUCAACGCAGUACAUUUUAAAAAAUACAUAUAUUCACAGAUAUGAUGUUCCAUUAAUUUAAUACAGACUUUGUUCAUUUAAUCUUAUUGCCUAUCUGUGUUAUUCAUUAAAACACUACUUACAGUGUUGAGAUGAAAUCUGAAAGAGCUCUGGGGUAUGUGAUUUCCCCAAAACUAUAUUAUAAUUGCAAGUAUCUAUCCUCCCAAUGGAUGAUACCUCCAGUCCCAAGAUCAUCUUGUUUUCAGGAGAAAUACCUGUAACAUACUCUACCCUUAUAUUGCCAGUACAUUACUAUGAAGAAAACCUGGCAUAGCCAUUUGUGUCACCAAACUAAACUAAAAGUGAACCUUUUCUUGGAACAAACAAUAUAAUGUGCCCCUGCAGAUCUAUAUGAAUGAAGGGAAUUUACAACGUAUAUGGAAAAUCUGAAAAAUUAUUUUGCAGAUGUUAUUCUGAAGGGAUUUUCCCUAAUAAGCUCAUUCCACUCAUCUCACUCCCCAAACUGAAUGCAUAAAGCCCCUGUUUCCAGUGCUUGGUGAGGCUUGGUAAAGCUUAUUACUUAUUCAAAGAUUUACAGGUUAGAAGCUUUACACAGAAUUUAAUAUCUAUAUACUGUGUGUACUGGUACCUGUAACAGGGCAUCCCCUGUUAUAAUGCAACUCUUCAUAGCGUGGAACAGGUCAUUAAGCACUAUGGGUGUGGUUCACAAUUUCCCCACAGAAAGUUAACUUUCAGCUGCAUUAUUUCUAGCUCAACAUGUAUGGCCCCAGCUACAUUGUUAUAAUACAUUGCAUAUUCAUAAAGAAAGUAGAUCAAAAAUACAUACAUGUCACUAAUGAGUUGGAAGAAGUGGCAUAUAUUUACUAGGAUUUUGAUCAGAACUCCCUGUUGUUUUUAAUUCAGCAUAUUGGUUUGUUAUUGAAUAAAUGUUCAGUGCUUCAGAAAAAUCACUAUCUUUCCCUAUACUCUUUCCUUCCCACACUCUCUAUCCCUGCCAGAACUGCAUGUAGAGAUGAGUGGCGUGAGAACAAUCAGUGGAGUCUUCCUUUACUGAUAACUAGCCUUGUCUUUGAGUUUUUGAAUACCAUAGAUUGGUAUUACAGAUGGUGGCAACAACACCAAGCUUCCUGGGUUUUUAAACUUAAAUCCUUUUGCCUUAGAGGAUUAAAUUCUCUCAGUCAGGAGAAGUGUGGGCUAACAAAAUCAGUUGAAUUUGAAUAGCCCACCGGACUGGAUGUUUCGUUUCUAUGUAACGCGUGUUUAUCACCAGGCUGAUUCUAUAAUGUAUUUGUUAUAUAACUGAGACCAUUGAAAUGUAAUUAAUAAUGUUCUACUGCUGAUCUUAUUGUAAGACAGGAGAUUCUUUGAAAUUGUAAACAAUUGUAAAUAUUUAGCUUGAUUGGUAAAAGAAUGUCACAUGCAAUGUAUAACCACUGUGCUCCAAUUUUACUAACACACAUGUUAAUAAUAAAAC